CCUCAAAGAAUCAACUUUUUCUUGUGGGCAUUCUUAACAAAACCAAAAUGAAAAAAGUAAACCAGUUUGUGUUGUCCAUCAAAGCUGAAUGUAAUGGAAGGACACUAAAUGAUGUGUGGGGACGUGAUCGAUCUGGUGACUCAUUGAAAUGAUUUGGAGUUUCAGUGAAAAAAGGACACACAGCACGUCGACUCCAGAUGCUCCGUUUGACUGAACAGUGUGAUAGGAUCCUAAAUAAAAGAAAGGAGAGAGGCUGGAAAGCUGAAAGAACAACCUGUGCAAGUGUAAUCACUUGGGAGAACAGACCACUGGUGCGCUUUUGUAUAAACCAUUUAAAAAAAUCAUUUUUGACAGUCGAGCAUGGCAGGUAUAAAACGGUCUCAGAUCCUGCAGUGUUUACUCCUGUAACUUGAAUUUCUGGCACAAUGGCGGUUUUGCUCUUAAGUGACUUGUGACUCUGUGCAAAGCCCCGUCGAGCUGCCACUCAACAUUGUGUCUUUGACAGAGGAAUACAGCGCACCCCAUGCAGUACCGAAGAGUCCUUUCUGUUACUCUGUAGGAGCGUUUAAUGACGUCAUGGCUCACGUAAAGACAAACCACCGAUGAUCAACCAGUCUGCGCAUGCGCACCUGAUUGAUCGUAUGUUGUGGCAGUUGGCGUCUUGCUUCUUCAGGGAGACGGAGGCUGUGGAGAGGCAGACCCUGCAGAUAGGAGCCUCGGCCUGCGGGGCCACAGCGGUGGUGGACGUGCUGAAGGCCCUCGGCGUGGAGGUGGCCCCCGAGGAAGCGGACCGCUGCGUCCGGACCCGCCUGAGGAGGAACGAGGCCCCGCUGCCCGACUACCUGCUGUCACGGAGUGAAGCAGGUGCAACUCAUUCUCAGCUCAUCCAGGGGGCACAGGAAGCCAGCCAGGGGAAGGUAGCGGGGCGCUUCUUCCACUUCCACCCUCGGCGGCGGGUCAGACUGAUCCCCUGGCUCGCACGCUGGAUCCGAAAGGGCGCUGUUCCCGUAGCGACCAUGAACAUGCAGCUGGCCGUGCCCGAGGGAGAGGAGGUGCCGGACGCCUGGCACCACCAGCUCAUGUUUGGCGUUGCACCCAAUACUGUUUUCAUGACCAAUCCUCUAGAUGUAGGCAGUGAGGAAGAGGUCCACCAGCGACUCUGCAGUGAGUCUGUGUUGCUGAUUCGUCGAGAAGACGUCCUGCAGAGACUGACGGCGGGUUGCUGUCUGUCUGCUUUGUCUGAGAGUCGGUUCGACCCUCGGUGGAAAGCCCUGGACGUUGAGGGUCAAGUGAGGCAGGUGGCCCUCGAAGAGGAGCAGGAGCCAGAUCGACCCAAGUCAGUGCACGUGACCAUCCCGGCGGCGUACAGCUCGGGCAUCACACUGUUCGCCCUGCGAGAGUCCCUCUUAGGACAAGAACUCCUCGAUGCCCCCGAACUCCCUUUGCUGUGACUCUUCCGCCACUCGUGGACCUCAAGGCUCAUUUAUUGUGACAUGAAAAUGAAAAACACUCAGCGGACGUCCUUCUGAUUGGGACACGACUUGGAGGAGCGCGCGGCAACCGAAGCCGUGACAUGUGAUCUGUACCGAUGGCGCAGCCGUAGCACAGUCACUCGCAGGCUGCAGACAAUGAACCGUGUGACAGGACGUUAUGCAAAGGGACAAUAAAAACGUGCAC